CUUUUAUUAUGACCAAGUCAGAAGAUGUCGAAGAGCAACAAAAACAAUCCAGAAAAUACUAAAAGAUUAAUAAAGAGGAAAGGAGAGUGGUACUAGAAUUGCUUAUCAAAGACAAACUAUCCCUUUAAGAGGUAUGAAUUUGCUAAAAUUAUCAACAACUCCUACUAAUAUAUAUGAUAUUUAAACAUAAUUCAAUAUAGGUAGCAAAUAAACUAAAACUAAAAUACUGUACAGUUCGCACAAUUCAAAAAGCAUUCGAAAAAGAUGGUCGUGUAGGGAAAAAGGAAACAAGAAAGAAGAAGCUGAAGGUUUAGAAUAUCCUGAAGAUAUCGAUAGUAAAUCCAUUCACAUUUUAAUUAUCACAACCUAUUGUAUCAUCUGAAGUUAGCUAAGUAAAUUUAAAUAUUAUUAUAUAGAUAUAUAUGGAUAAGCAACCCACAGAUGAGGACUAAGUAAUUCUGGCAAAAGAAUAACGUUCUCUUCUUCAAUCGUAAUGCUAGAAACUAUAUCUCAUAUUAACUUAAUAAUUCUAAAAAGCUCUUGAAAAUUCAAAUCCACUUUAUUAGACUACUCUCCAAAAUUUAUUGUGGGCAGCACAAUUAGUAAUAAGGUAACUUCUAGAAGUUAAGCAAUAAAUCAAUGUAAAACAAGAGCAUGAACCUCCUUCUCCAAAUCAAACUUAAUAUCCAUUUCCUAUCUAACAUAAUCUAUAUUAAUCCUAAUGCGGCUUUGUAUUACCAAGAAUCAAUACUUGA